AUGAAUGGCAUCUUGCCUCUAAGCAGUUUAGGCCAGGCGUACCUGGAGCACACCAGCCCUUGGCCCGGGCGGGGCGGCCGCGGAGUGCGCAGGCGCGGUCGCGGGGGGCGGGGCUGGGGGCGGGGCGGCCGCCCGGGCGGGAAGCGGAGCCCGGAGGCGGCGGGUGCGCGCGCGGGCGGACGGCGAAGCCCUGAGGGCCGCGAGGUGACCGGGCGUCGUCGCUGCCCGCCGCGAGCCAUGGAGGGCACGGCCAUGGCUGUGUGCCAGAUUUUGAAAUAUUUAAUCAUUCACUGGAAGUAUGAAACAGCAAGAGUAUCAAAGGGAGCCUUGCUGGAAAGACAGCUAGUGAUUUCCAUAAAAGCAUUAAAUUCUAAGCACCAGACAAAUACUCUUCACUGUGUAACAACGAUUGCUUCUGCAGGAAAUAUUUAUGGAGGGUUGAUUCUCAAGAAGCUCCUGAAAGAAAUGCUGUAUACAUUCCAAUCUAUACUGCCUGGAUUCUCUGCAAAGCUGAAUUGGACUUCAGAAGAAGUCGACCAUUCUCAGAACACAUCAGGGCCAGAAUGCUUCCAGAUGAUUUUUGAGGUUGAUGAAAAUCUCACAACUUUGGUGACAGGUAGACUGGUUAUAAAGAAUUUUUUACACAAAAUCAUUAUGGUGCACCCUAAGAUUAGAUUUAAUUUCAAUAUAAAUUUGAAUGGAAUCUUCUACAAAGAAAUCUUUGAAGCAGAGAAUGAACCUACUUUGAACCUGUCAGAUGGAAUGGCCCUUGUUGUGAGCUCUCAGCACUAUGUGAGUAUACCAAAAUUUGGUACAACAAAAUUACUCUGCAGUAGAAUCCAUCCUGUGCUAGGACAUCCAGUAAUGCUUUUCAUCCCUGAUGACGUGGCUGAGAAGAGGUUUCUGGAAGAGCUGAUAUUGACUCCAGCUGCUGCUCUGUGUCCCUGUCCAAAGGCCUUUUCUAACCAGCUGAGUGGAAUUUCUUCAGUUUCUAUAUUUCUGUAUGGACCUUCAGGCCUUCCUCUGAUACUGCCAAGUCAGGAGCAGACAGCUACUACUGUCUUCAGAGAUGCCUCUUAUUUCAUUGACUGGAAGAAGUACCAUUUGUGUAUGGUGCCAAAUUUGGACUGCAACUUGGACAGAGAUUUGGUGCUUCCAGAUGUGAGUUAUCAGGUGGAAUCCAGUGAAAGUGGUCAGACUCAACAUAUGGACCCUCAAGGACAAACUUUGCUGCUUUUUCUCUUUGUGGAUUUUCACAGUGGAUUUUCAGUCGAGCAAAAGGAACUCUGGGGCGUCCACACUUGGCUCACAACUCACCUCAGCAGGAUCCUCAUGGAGAGCCGCGGUGCAGUGCAGAAUUCCCUCCAGCUCACCGUGGACUGCACCCUGGAGCAGCAUCGCCUGGCUACCAAGGCUCAUCAGACACUGCAGACCUCCCUCUCGGUGGCUGUGAAUUCCAUCUUGCGCAUCGUGACUGAGAGCACCAGCAGCAGCUUUCGAAACAUCUGUCUCCAGACUCUGCAAGCUACUGACACACAGGAGUUUGGGACCAAACUGGACAAAGCAUUUCAUGAGAUCAUCCUGCACCACUUUCUUCCCCACUCCUCAUGUGAAGUGAAACAGAUCACGGAAAAGAUCCUUUCCACCUCGUUUUCCUUCCUAUGGCUCCUGUCCUUCCAGUUGCCCCCUAGCUUGUGCCAUGGCCCCCUGCUUAUGCAGCUUUCACCUAUGCCCUCUUGUAAUAUCUGGUGA